AUGAAUUUGUCAGCGGUUUUUGCUCUUCUUCUAGUGAAUGCUAUUGCAUCUGCUCAAGGCUUCUACCAAAACACCGAUGUCUUCGAACUUUCUCCAGACAGCUUUGAUGAAGUGGUUUUAUCAACAAACUACACCUCGGUGGUAGAAUUCUACGCCCCAUGGUGUGGCCAUUGCAACAAUUUCAAAGGCGCCUUCAAGAAAGCCGGGAAAUUAUUAAAAGAUAUCGUCAAUGUUGCUGCGGUGAACUGUGAUUUGGAAAUCAACAAACCAUUGUGUGCCAAAUACAAAAUCGAAGGGUUCCCUACAAUCAAAGUGUUUAGGCCUCCAAAGUAUUCGGAUAAAAAUCCCCCAAAGUCAAAAAAGGCAUUGAUGAAGGAAUUCGUUGACGAAAACUAUAAUGGUGAAAGAACCGCUAGUGGCUUGGUUGGGUUCAGCCAAACUAGAAUCAAGAGUUAUGUUCGCAGAAUCUUUGGGGUCGACGUAUUACAAAAGCUCUUAAAUAAAUCGUCAAAGAUAAAGAUGAUUCUCUUGUCCGAUUCCAAAAAUAAGCCAAGUGUAUUUUUGAAAUCGUUGGCCAUUGAUUAUUUAGGGGUAGCGGAAUUUGGUUAUUUUGAUGUCAAAUCUUCUUUCCCUGAAGAAAAAAUCAUGGAAUUAACAGGUCUUGAUAAUCAAGCCAUGAAAAAGCCGAUGUUCUUAGUAUAUGAUGGAAAUAAUCCAACAAAUGAACCGAAAAUCAUAACGGGAAAAAUGACCAAACAAUCAAUUGCCGAGUUCUUAUUAGAGAAUUAUGGGGUUAAACCAAUGGAAGGACCAGGCAGCGAGAAACACAAAACUUUGAAUCUACUUAAGAAGGGAAAAACAUUGAAACAAAUUCAGAAAAAGGGGAAAAAUAAUAGAAAGAAGAGUGUGAAAAAGUCUGCCCGUGAUGAAUUGUGA